AAAGUGUUUUCCAUCUAGUGUGAUGAUAAAAAUCUGGCAUCACGCAGUUCGUAGUGCGGCCUACAGGCGUAGUCACGUGGUCUCGUUAAACCAAUCAGCACAGUUUCUGUCAGUGCGGAAGUGCUUGAAGCCGGUUUUUGGGGGUGUCCGUCGCAAUCAUGCUGCUGUGGAUUCUGUCCGGGUCUCUGGUUCUGUUCGGCAGCUUUGACGUCUGGUACUUCCUGAGAGGCUCGUGGAUGGCGAUCAAGUGCUGGUUCCAGGGUCCGGUUCGAGAUGUUCUGGCCGAGCAGGUCGUUCACGGACGGGUUCUACUUCACGACCUGGACUUCAUGUGUCACAUGAAUAACGCCCGCUAUCUGCGCGAGUGCGACUUCGCCCGGUUUGCGCACUGCACCCGAAACGGGCUCUUCAUGGCCGCGCGCGCGCUCAACGCCACCAUGGUGGUCGGAGCCACGACCAUCCGCUACAGACGCUCGCUGGCCCUCGGCGAGGCGUUUGAGCUGCGCACCCGGAUCGUGUCGUGGGAUGAGAAGUCCUUCUACAUUGAGCAGAGAUUCGUGUCCAAGUCAGACGGGUUCAUUUCUGCUGUCAUGCUGUGCCGACAGAACGUUAUUCGCUCAAAUCCACAGAUGAUCUUGGAUUUCCUUUGCAAGAAGAAGGUGGACUGCCCUGACGUUUCAGAGGAUCUUCAGCACUGGAUUAGAUUCAUCUCUGCUAGUAGUCAGGCUCUGAGAGCAGAGAGUGGACUAGACGACAAGACCAAAUGAUCAUAUCUAAAACUCAUACCGUAAGCCUUCCUUGUGCAUGUAAGUUUCCCCGUGAUGCUAACCUUGAAUCAUGUAACUUAUCUCUUAACUGUCAGUUUUAAAAUUACAAAAGUGUUUUCUGAUCCAGAAAUGGAUGCUAUUGGAAAGCUUCAGCGUUUACUCUGUCAUACCAGCCCUUUGUAUAGUUUAUUUUAGUUCAGAAGUAUUGCAACAUCAUUAUUGUAUUUACAAAAUCCACUCCAGAAGCUGCAAGGAAUGAAAUUGACAAACGCAGAGCAUGUUUCUCUGUUGACAAACAGAACGCAUGAACGAAUGUUGAAAAAACUUCAAUGCUUAGGAGCUUUUGAAUGCUCCCAUGACCAAAUACGCACACGAACGUUAUGAAAAUCACUUGAAAAGGAUUUGCACUGAGUAUUUUAAUAGUAUAUGGUAAAUGAGAUCUGAGCGACAAAUUCAAACAAAUGUGUUGUUUUAUCAUAUCACCUCAUGGAUUUGUUGUGCAGGUCAGAUAUGUUAAUGUAGUUAUUUGUACCCAUUUAAAAUGGAAAUGUUUUAUUAUUAUUAUUUAUGAAAAGGGAACAUAUAUUUAUUCAAGUAAAACUUUUUUCUGAGAUUUGCGUAAGUUCUUUAAGAAGAAUCUGUAUGUAAAUUAAUUUAAGCAACUGUAAUGAAACCUGAAGACUUGCAUUAUGAAAUAAAAUACUGCAUUAUAAAUA